CGCUGCCGCGGCUGGGGCUGCUUGCUGGAAGAUGGCGGGGACGGACUGCAGCGCGCUGCUGGAUGAAGAGCUCUCCUCCUUCUUCUUCAACUAUCUCUCUGACAGUCAGGGGUGAAGAUCCACUUUUUUUCUGAUCCUCUGAUGAUGCAACAUGAAUGGUCAAGUGCGAGGGCGCAGGGGAGGAGCACUUCUAUGAAGACUUCCAAGACCUUGACCUCUCCCAGUUGGAUGCCAGUGAUUUGGAUUCUGCCAGCUGUUUCAGUGAGCUUCAAUGGGGCACAGAGACAUCUGAAAAUGGAUUCAGCCAGUGUGGUACCUGUGCGGAAGACUCAGAACUUUUCCAGAUCAUAAGUGGUGAAAAUGAGGCCCUGUUGGCUGCUCUCACUGAGACCCUGGAUGAUAUCCAGGAAGACGAUAUGGGUCUGGCUGCCUUCCAUACUCUGGAAGAUGGGGAUGUGCCCACCCCAGGCCCCACCUCACCUGUCCCCUCACCCAAAGCCAGUCCUGAUGCCCUGGAUGGGCUGCAGGCCCUGGAGUCUGAGGUCGAUGAACUGUCUCUGUUGCAGAAGCUACUACUCUCGCCAUCCCACAGUACUCCAAGCGUGGAGGCCCAGAAGGAAGGGGCUAUCCGGCGGCAAGGAGCAUCCAAGUCAAAAAGCCAGCGACCUUACCUCAAGAUGGAAAGCCCUCAGGACAAGAAGUCCUUGCCUCACCAGACUCAGAGCCGAAGCUACACUGAACUUCAUAGGCAUCUCACCUCAGCUCCUUGCUGUCCUCGCUUGAUCCCUCGGGCUCCUGACAGGGGAUGGCAACAGCUGCCUCCCUCCCCACCGGCCCAGAGCCCCCGAAUCCCCAUCAAGGAAGAAAGUGACUCGGGUGAGGAGUGCUCAAGCCCCAGGCUUGCCCAGGCCUCAUCCCUGGCCUCCCCUAUGCCAUCCGAAGCAACUGCCGAAGACCAGUUUGCUUGUGCAGAGGACAUGCGUGCCAUGGUGGAACUGAUCCGCUAUAUGCACACCUACUGCCUUCCCCAGAGGAAGCUGCCAGUCGAAGGCUUGGCGACCCCCUCUCUGUCCUGCAGCAACCCUUUCAAGAGAGCCAAGGCCGACUGCAUGCUACAAAAGGCAGCGUCCUGUAAGAGCGAGGAGGGGCAGCCACCAGACAACCUGGUGCAGAGGCCAACAACUCUCCAACCACCCAAAGCUUCCUGGUCCAAAUUCUCCAUCCUGAGAGAGCUGUUGGCUCAAGACCUCUUCUGUGAUGUGAGCAAGCCCUACCGGCUGGCCAUGCCAAUCUAUGCUUCCCUAUCACCCACUACCAAGCCCAGCCCCGGGUCCUCUGAGGAAAGCCAAAGACCCUCAUCAGAGAAGGCCUGUGAGGUACAGAUCAAGGCCUCCCCUGGGACCACAGAGCCCAGGCCAAGCUUCAGGCCCUUGAAACUGGAAGUAAAGGAAGAAAUCAAUGCUCUUUCAGUGGCUAAGGAGGAAGAAGAGGAAAGGCAAGGGGAAGCCAGAAGGUGUUCACAGAGUCCACCUCUGUCAGCUGGGACCAAGGUGGGACGGAAGCCAGAGAGCUCUAUUUAUGCUGUUCGACGCUCCAAGAGGCUGAACCCCGAACUAGGCCCUUGGCUUUCAUUUGUAGAUGAGGCACCCCCAGAAGAAAGGGCAGAGCCUCCAUCCUCUCUGUGCUUGGACUCAGAGACCUAUGACACUGAGGUGAAAGUGGAGGUGGGCAGCCUGGAGGAAGUCCAGAUUAUCUGUGACCCGUCCCAGCAGAGAGCAGCCCAGCUCCCUGCCCUGGAGAGCCCCAGUGAGAGUGGGAGUGGUGAGACGGAUGAGGACCACAGCUGCCCUCGGUUAUGCUCGAGAGAAACUCCCAGGUGCUUCACACUGGCCUUGUCACAGAAUGACCCUUCACUGGGGAAACGGAACUUUGACCAGGUGCUGACAGUGGAACUCUGCGGGACAGCAGGUCUCACACCACCAACUACACCACCCUACAAACCUAUCGAGGAAGACCCCUUCAAGCCAGAUGUGAACCACAGGCCAAACAAAGAGGCAGCUCCAUCCAUCCCCUCCCCUGAGGGUCCCCGGCCUGUGGCAACUGCCAGGGGGCCCCAUAAGUCCCGGAAGAAGUAUCCUGAGCGGAGUGAGCUCUUGGCCCACCUGAGCCGAGCCACAGUUCAGCCAUCCCAGGUAGGCCAGAAGCGUCCCUUUUCCCGAUCCUUUGGAGACCAUGACUAUUGCCAGGUCCUCAAGCCGGAAGGAUCCUUCCAGAGGAAGGUACUGAGGUCUUGGGAGCCCUCCUCAGCCCAUACAGAGGACAAAUCCCAGGCCAGGGUUUCCAGGGCUGAUGCCCAAGGACUGAGCAAGGAAGCAAGGAGCUGCAGAGCUCCCAAUAAGGACAGCAAGCCACUAAGAGACCAUGAGAUCCGAGCCAGCUUAACGAAGCACUUUGGGUUAUUGGAUGGUACCUUGGAGGAGGAAGAUCUUGCCUUGUGUAAAAGCCCAGAAUAUGACACUGUUUUUGAGGACAGCAGCAGUGAUAGUGGUUUCCUCUUGGAGGAAGAAGAGGACGAUGAGGACGAGGACCUCUGUGUCCAUUCGCUUCCGUGUCAGCGCUGCCUCCACCCAAGACCCUUCAGCAAAGCCAGUUUGCAUCACUGCUCCCGGAGCCGAUCAAGUUCCGGCUCUUCCUGUCACAGAUCCAGGUCUCCAGCAAACCGGAGGACUUUCAGAUGUGGAAACAAGGAGCGUUGUGGAGAAGGAAGCCCAAGUGUCCAACAUAUUGAGAAGAGGAGAGAAAAGGCCAUUGGAGAAGGUCGGGUGGUGUACAUUAGGAACCUCUCCAGUACCAUGAGUUCCAGUGAGUUGAAGAAACGUUUUGAAGUAUUUGGUGAGAUCGUGGAGUGUCAAGUGCUGAAGAGGAACAAGAGGGGUGAGAAAGACGGCUUUAUUACCUAUCGGUGUUCAGAGCAUGCAGCCUUGUCCCUGAGGAAUGGUGCGGCCCUGAGGAAGCGCAACGAGCCAUUCUUCCAAUUGAGCUAUGUAGGACUUGGGCAGUUCUUCUGGACCAGAUGUUCUAACUUCGAUUCCAAUAUAGAAGAGGCCUCCCCGGCUUCGGUGAAAAACAAGUAUGAAGCUAUGGAUUUUGACAGCUUGCUGAAGGAGGCCCAGAGAAGCCUACAUCGAUAACAGCCUUAAUCCUAGAGGAAUACCUCAAUACCUCAGUCAAGGCCCUUCCAAUAUGUUUACGUUUUCAAAGAAAUUAAGUAUAUGAAAAGAGAGAGCGAAAGAGAGAGAGAGAGAGAGAGACAAGAGAGACUGAGACUGCUGUCCCUUUAAAUCAAUGUUUACAUUGAACAAAGCUGCUUCUGUUUGUGAGUUUCCAUGGUGUUGAUGUUCCACUGCCACACUUUAGUAUCCUUGCUUCAGAUUGGUUGUUUCGGUGUGUCUGUAAGCAUUCUGCCACCCAGCCCCAACCCCCCCCCCCCCAACCCCUCACCCCACCCCCCAGUUCCCAUUGUGGAGUUGCAGCUGUGUUCCCAUCACAUUUUAUGUCUGUAGUGUGUGAUGAUAAAAUCGUUACUUGUGAAUAGAAUCAGGACUAUAAACUAAUUUUUAAUUGCAGAAAAAAGUAUAUACUUAAAAUACCAUAUUUAUGGCUCAGAUGUACUGUACUUCGAACUAAUUCAUUGUGCCGCUUCCUGGAUCUCUAACUAUGCACUGUAAUGAGGUGCUCGCCACUGUGCUGAUGGACUCCCGGCUGGCCCCGGGAGGGAGGGAAGAAAAGAAGGAAGGAGGGAAAGCAGGGAGGAGUUGAGACCCCAUUGGACAUCUCCUCCCUGGAGCAGGAGGCUGGAUGAACAUUUGUGUGAAGCCUCCAUCUGUCACCAGCCCAUCUUCCAAUCCUUAUCCUGCCUCAUCCCAGUCCUCUCCAUCUCUCUGCCCAACAUCAUCCCAGCCCAUGACUUUGCACUGGCUACUUUGGGUGGUAGAACAAUGGCCAAAAGUCCAGGAUGAGACCGUGUCCCUGUUAGAAGUGGGGGAGUUCAGAGUAAGCCUCCAAGUUGUGCAGUUUCAAUCACAGUUGGACUGGGUUAGCUAUACUAUACAUUUUUUGUUGUUGUUGUCCAAGUUGUGUCCAUCUCUUUGUGACUCCGUGGACUGUACCAUGCCAAUACUGUCCAUGUGGUUUUCUUGGCAAUAUUAUACAUGCCUGUGAUAUAACAGUCCACUCUGAUUCUCAUUCACCCUCCUGUUUACCUACCAGACAAGGAAUUAUGCCAAACUCCCAAUAACUCCCAACCCAGUAAACCCAGAGAAGUUUAAGAGCACUUAACAAACAUUAAGCUGCCACAAAUAAUACUUAUUGAAACUGCCCACUCGAAAUGAGAGAGAUGGUGUGAUGCAGUAGAUAAGAAAGCUGGUCUCAAAGCCAAGAAGACUCAAGUCCACUUCUGAUACACACUAGCUAUGUGAACCGAGAUAAGUAACUUGACCUCUUGGUUUUAGGCAAAUCUCUAAAGCUAUGCAUUUCAGAGAAAGUGAUGACCUGCAUUGGCAAAGGGAAACUCUUCAUCCGGGAGUUCCUUAUACUUAAAAAAUUUCAGAUCCAGUCCAUACCCCUGUCUUAUCUACCUGCAGUGUAAAUACCGGGCUUUGUUAAGAGCUGAUUUUCAUCUCUGUGGCCCUCAAGUGACAACAGGCCAUGCCGUCUUCCCAACCAAUGAGAUGUGGAAAUUUGUUCACACGUAGCAGAAAGAAUCCUUUGGGAAUUGGUAAUUAAUUUGAUAAAUAUUGUCAAAAGACCCAGAUCAAAGAGCUUGGCUAAAGAGCACAUUUUGUGAAUAUCUGAGAAGAUUUUAGCCACAAAAGAGUCAAGUGGGAAAAGGGUCUUGGAGGAAGUUUCCCUAAGCUGAGACAGUGCCUCCCCCACUUACUGUACCUAGUCCCCUCCCAAAUCUUCAGUCACAGCCUGGGUCCUUGCAAAAUUUAGUCGUUUCCCUAGCUUUGAGGCCCCAGGCUAUUGUCUGGAUUCCAAGUGGCUCUAUUCAAGUAAAUCUCAGAAACUCAAAUAUCAUGGGGGAUGGUCUCUGCACAGGCCUUGUCUUCUCAGCCCUCUUUCAUCUCCAUCCAUCAGGCAGUCCAGAAGUUAAGGGGUUUACCAGGCCAGAAAUCACAGCAUCAGCUCAGCACUGCCCACAUUAGCUACUACCUCUUCUACUGGGCCAGUAGCCAGCCUGGGGAAGGAGGGUUCCCAAAAUAUAGAACCAAUCAUGUUCAAAUCUAGUUUUGGGGUGACUAUAACUCUCAUGGCAGGUUUUACCCAAUCUUUACACAAGAAACUGUUACUAGCCCAUGCUCAGUUCUUAUUACUUUCAUGCCCUAUAUACGUUUGCCCUGACCAAUGUCAUUUCAUGAUUACAUGUUUUUAAUAUGUUAAUGAAAUCUGCUAUGACAUUGAUUAUUAUGAUCUAGCAAUUUAAAAACAUUGUUCCCCUGGCACCAACUGCCUCUUGGAAUGGCAUUUCACCCAAUGCCAGGGAAAUGGUUCAGAAAACCAAUCAACUGAACAUCAGGCAGAGGAGUCCUAUACUCUGUUGUACUAUGAUAUAGAAAAAAAUAGAACAAGCUUGGUUUCUGGUCUGAGGUGUGGUAGCUGGGAUCCUUACAGGUAGCAUUACAAUAUUAACUCAUCCUUAGAGAAGCUAGAAAACCCCUAGCUGGCUGGCUGUUCUGAUGCUCCAUCACAAUCCCCUUUUAUUCCAACUUGUGCCAAGUAGCACUUUCUGAGCUUGAACUACUUGGAUGCUAUGGACUAGAACAGGUAACAUUCUUCCAUGGGCUGAUGGUAUUCUUUGAGUAAGAGUCACUCACUUUUCCAUGUCAUUUGCUCUAGUGGCCCUCUGCUGCCACUGCCUAAGUUCUUAAGCAGCUAAGGAGGAAGUCACCUAUUUCAAGGGAAAGACCUCACCCUAGUCUACUAGUCAGCCUCACCUUCCCUAUCUAUUAAGUGAGAAGAUUGGACUAGAUGAACCCCAUGACCCCUUCCAGGACCAAUAUUCUCUGUUCUGAGGUCCCUUCUAGCUUUCACAUCCUCUAAUUCUAUCAUUUAAGACUCCCCCACCAAUAGCUUAAGGCUGUGAUUCCUAUGAACAUGUACAUAUUCCUGGGGAAAGUCCCCUUCCAACCUCAGUGUGAAAGAAAUUGCUGAGAACAGGUUUGUGGGGAGGGAAGAAAAAAGAGAAAUCUGAGACUGAGGUGAGUAGUGAAGGGAGAUCCCUUGACCUCCAGAUCAUUUUUUUUUUUUAGUUAUUGAGUUACUUGUUUCUCUGUGGUCAAGGACUAAUUCUCAAGUCAUUUCUGCCUGCCAAAGUAUAAUCCUCUUGGUUCCCCACUCAUCAUUGUGACUCCAUCACGUCCCCAGAUAUACUGAAUUUAUGUGCUUCCCACAAAAGGCCAGAGCCUGGUACCUGGUUAUUCCUCUCCUCAUGGUCAACCCUUCCCAUCCCCCUCCCCCCAAACCUCCAGCUGGAACCCAGAGUGAAUGAACCUCCUGCUGCCAUUGGCUGCCACCUCAUUGUAGCUUUGCCUUUUCCCUGUCCUCGUAUCUUCUCCCUCCCCACAAUGAUGUUUACAUGUGAUUGCCAUGACAUCGCUUUGUGUGGACUGUGUCUGAUAGCCUCCCUCACCCCCAUCCAGGAAUGGGCAGUGCUAUCCGUCUCUGUGCUGUGCUGAUGUUUAAAAAACAACAAAACUCAGUCAAACCGCUAAGUGGAAUUCUUCCAUCUCCUUCCUCAGCACAAGGCUGAAUCAAAGCUCAUACCUGGGCUCUGGUUACAGAAGGAAAAUGCAUCAAAAAUGUGAAGCAUAUGAAUGGAUUGAGUGUAGCUAAGGGUCCAUCCAGGGUAUCUGCAUCUGCUUUAGAAUCUCAUAGCGCUGUAAUGCAGCUGGAGUUAGGGUGUAUGUAGUCCAGGCUUAGGAAAGCAAAAGUGCCAUCAAUUGUGCAAGAGGAUAGAAGGUCCCAUGAUUCAAAGACUCAAUCAAUACUCAAGUCCUAAUAUAGGAAGAGAUGCAAUAAGUGGUCUUUUUAAUGCCUAGAGCCUAUAAAAUAGUUUUGAGAGAUUUCUCCAAGACUUAUGCAAUAUGCACACUGGUGCCCAUGAGGAGGAGGGGGCCGCUGGGGGACCCAGAGGCCCGAAGGUCAGCGGCGAGGGUCCUGCUGGAUGGACCUACCUAUCUGGGGUUGACUGUGGACCGAGUAUUUCUUUGGUUGUUGCCGCUACUGUACUUGAAGCUCGUCCUGGAGACUUUGCAAGACUGAAUAUUUAAAAAAAAAUAAUGAUGAUAAACUAAAACACAGCCAUCCCCAUAUACUUUGUUAAUAGUGCUGGGUGCUAGAACAAGGGAUCCCCUGAUAUUUGCUCUCAUUGAGAUGGAGAAGCUUUCCUAAGCUUGGAAAGCCAGAACCUUCAGGGGAAGGGAUUGCAUAUAUAGGGAAGGUAGACUUCCUCAUUUUCUUGGCCAAAGGAGUAGGGCCCCUCUCUGUGUUAUAUUGACCAAGGGGGGGGGGAUCAAUAACAUUGUGCAAUAUGUUGAAUCCUGUCCCCCAAACUCCUUUUGCAUUUCAAAAGCAAAAUUGACUCAAGCGGUCCAUGCUGAGUCUGGAACAAUAUUGUAAAGAGAAUCACAACAGCUCCCGUUUCUAUAGCACUUUACAAUUUAUGAAGCAUAUUUCUCAUGGUGACCCUGUAAAGUAGAAAGUACAAGUACAAUCUCCCAUUUUACAGAAGAGGUAAGUGAGGCUCAUAGAGAUUAAGGGAUUUGCCCAAGGUUAUUGGCAGAGCUAAGAUUCAGAGCCAGGUUUCCUGCCUCUAGGUUCAUGCUCUUCCCCCAGCACCACUACCCAGCAGAGCUAAAGGAAAAAGCAGUAGGGGCCUGAGAAUGCUGCUCAUGUCCCUUUUGUCUAAUAACUCCCAAUUCUGGAGCCCAAUGACUUUGGGGUGUAGUCAUGAGAUGACUUUCUGUUAAGCCAGGUCACUUUAAUGAAAACACUAAAACCAGGAAGGCCCUCUCUGUCUCUCUGGCAAUACAUGGAGUUAACCUGGAAAGAAGGGGGCAGCUAGGUGGCACACUGGCCCUGGAUUCAGGAGGACUUGAGUUCAAAUCCGGCCUCAGACACUUGACACUUAGCUUUGUGACCCUGGGCAAGUCACUUAACCCUCAUUGCCCCGCAAAAAACCAACAAGAACAAAAAAAACCCUUGGAAAGAAGAGAGAUGUUGCCAGUAGAGGGAGGAAACAGCAGGGCCAGAAACCACCUCCCUCAUUUAGGAGGUGCAUGAAAGGAAAACUGCACCUGUUUGAGCACUUUGUCAGAUCUCUUUGCAAGAGUUGCCAGUAACAGAAUCUAGAAACAAACGCUACAUCUGCCUAGUCUCGUCACAAGCCUGGUGAAUUGGAAGAGGUGAAGGAGUUUGAAAAGCACUUCAUGUUAAAGCCAACCUCUCCGCGAACAUCCUUUUUUGUAACUGAGGGUUUCACUAUAUAGUGGGGUGACUUCCCCUCUGUGGGCCUCAGUUUAAGCCCUCUGUAAAAUGGUCACAGCAGGGGAUGGGGGCACUGGACUAGAUGAACCCUAUGAUUCUACCCUGUUAUUCUAUCAUGUUAUUAUAAUGUUUUCCACUGCCUUCUGUAGCUGUUAGUAGGCCAAGCCAUAGUGAGGCAGGAGAAGCUUCUGCCUGCUUUCCUUAAUCUAGUUUUUUAGCCACUGGGCCAUUUCCAACCCUCGGAAUGAAUGCUCUCUGUGAGUCAGUCAGCCGAGAUGCAGGGAACCAGCUAUUUUUACUCCCGUAUGGAGGAGGCCUCCUCAGAGCUUAAGCCAUAGCCUCUUAAAAGAUGAUGUGAGAGGACGGAUGGCAUUUAGAGAUGCCUACCUGGGAAUCUGCACUCCUCUGCAGCAAAUGCUUUCAUGGGAAGGCUCUAUCCAGACAGCUUCUGUUCUCUCAUCACACUGUGUGCACCUUGGGAAACUUUCCCCAUCAGGAGUUUGCUUGUUUUAAAAAGCUGCAUAGUUUAGCAAGAUUUUUUAGGUGGUUAGAAAAUGUAUGGAAAAGUUAUAGGUAGAAUGUGAUGAUUCAUCAAUUAUGCUGCAUGUGUUGGUAGGUUUUUGAAAAGAUGAAACAUUUGUCUGGUACAGAUCUAAAUGUAGGCUUCCUUCUAGUUCACUGUUAUAUAUGGACCGUUAUCUCAUCUAUAAAUUAGGGGGCAGGAGGGAUGGGGUUAGACCGAAACACGCACGGAAAACUUGGAAGGGACCUUAGAGAUCCAGUCCAACCAACCCUUUUGUUUUAUAGAUACAGAACCAGAGGUCCAGAGAGAUUAAGUGACUUGUCCCAGGACAUACAAGUGUUAAGUAGAAGUCAGGAUUUAAACCCUGGCCCUCUGGACCAUAAAACAGGUGCUCUUUUUGUUAUACUAGAUUUCCCCCUCAAGAGAUAACACGGCAUAGUGGACAGAGGGCUAGUCUUGGAACCAGGAAAACCAGAGGUCAAGCCCUGCCUCUCAUCUGCUAGCUGUGUGACCAUGGGCAAGUCUCAACAUGCCAGUGUCCCCAGGAGCAUCUGAGUUACAGAUGAAUUACCGAUGUACAUCAGUCAAGAGAUCCCAGCACUGAUGAACUUAGAGGUCCAGACCAAAAACAAAACAAGAACUCUUAGGUCCCAGCUUUCAAAGUCCUUUGGCUCCUUGAUUUUUAAAUACAGGUAGACCUCACUUUUCAACUGUCCACUCACCUGAGAAGGCCUAGAAAACACUCAUUUCACUUUUCCUGGAGUCAUGAAAGCUCAUGGCAUUUUCCAUCGGGCCUGCCUCUUGGAAUUUGUUAACAUUUCUGCCUUACUAAAGUGCCUGGCACAUAGUAGGCGCUUAAUAAGUGUUUAUUGAUCGAUAAGGCCAAAAGUGGAUAAAUGCAGGGUAUAGAAUGUAUUGGGGGGGGUGAGGGAGAAGGUGGAAUUCCACUUUCUCCCUUCUGCUUUCUGUCCAGCUGAGGACGGCAGAGCCCAUUAUAACACUAGUUAUCAAGGAACAUAGAAAUCAUCCCCUUUGUAGACUUUCCAUAGAUUUCAUUGUGUCUUCAAUUGCACUAAACACUGCUGUGGACAUGGGGGACCAGACCUGAACCUCCAUAGAGUGAGUCCGUGGUAUGUGAAGCAGCUUUCCCCAAAAAGUACAAUACCAGCAAGUCUAACUCCUGGUAUCCUUAGGGUAACCGCUCUGCACAGCUCACCUCUCCCCCCCAAAGAGGGAAAGAAAUAAGGGAUGAGGGGGGAGCUUCAGGCUUCUCCAAAACUAAGCAGGGCCAGGCCUGCUCUUUCCCAUGUCCUGGAGAGCACUUGAGCACAUAGUGCUGAAUGAAUAUUCAAUUACAACAGAGGAGAAGGUGAAGGAGUUUUUGUAUUUAAAUAGCUUUUCAGAUGCUUUCAGGUUAGGAAUAAAAAGUCAUAAAAUAGCCUAUCAAGAAGACUUUGGGAAUCCGGAGAGUGUCUUGAUGAAGGCAUUUGCUAGAAAAGGAAAUGAUCCACUUGGUUUUCUGGGCAGCUUAUCCUAGGGGAAUAGGGUCCUAUAGUGCCCCAGUUUAGGGCAGUGUUUCCUAAAUCCUUAGGGAGUUCUGCUCACCAUCCCUUCCCACCCCUCCCAACCAGCCUUGCAUCUUAAAGUUAGCUUUGAAAUCUUCACUGGGGCCUCCUAGGGCUCCCCCCACCCCAGGAACUCUGACUCUGAUGGAAUGAAGCUCUCUGUCUAUAGGUGAGCCUUAAUCCCUGGCUCUAGGGGUCAGGUGGAAGCCUAGCCCAGCCCAGCCUUGACAACCCUCAGCAAUAUUGAGCCAAGGGAAGCCUUUAUCUUUCCAUCAUGGGCUAGAACCUGGGGACGGUUCUACAAGCUUAGACUCCCAUCCCCCCCCCCCAAAGGGCACAGUUUGGGGCAUUAUUGAUCAGGAAGCUAGGCAAGGUAAAUGCAGCAAGGAGUGCCCGUGCAUGGGUGUGUAUGUGUGAGAGAGAGAGAAAUUCAGUUGAUGCAUUUCUUGAGAAAGGUGCAAGAAUUUCACCUACAGAGGGACACAUCUGCUUUGUUAUUUAUAAUAGAAAGCUCAAUUUUAAUUUUGUAAAAGACACCGCUAAUGAUUGAGAAUCAAGUUUUUAGUUUUGCUAUUUUUUUUAAUUGGUAGAGGUUUUUAUAUAUUUUCCCGCUUAUGUUGGGAUGUGUCCUUAUUUAUAUAAUAUACUUUAACCUUCAAAGGCAAGGGGUUCCUAUGCCUUUUAUUGUUGUCGUUGUUGUUGUUCUUGUUGUUGUUGUUGUUAUUUUAUUUCUAGUGUGAUUUACCUGUCUACCUUCUAAAUGAGAAAAUGUUUCCUUGUAUUUUUACAUUGUCAGAUUCUAUAGUUUCAUAGAUAAUUUAACCAAAUUGCUCUGUGUAUUAUUAUCCCGUGAGUAUAAAGUUCUAUUUUAACUUCUGUAAAUACUUCAGAACGGGCUUCUUUUUUUCAAACUCCAGCUGUGGAGCUAAUUGUUUACAUCACAAAGACUGUAGAAUCUCUAUGCUCAUGUACUGUAAAUAGUGACGUGAUCGCCUAUAAAUAAACUAUAACAAA